AUGACGGACGAGGAGCUUGCCAGCACCCUCUCUAUACUUGAUCAAGAAACUGAAUCCGAGACAACAGCUGGCCCAUUCUCUGUCUUUCGCCUCCAGCCUCUUCAUAACAGCUCUCCUGUUCAGCCAAAUUCACCAUCAGAGCGUGAUGCGUGCGAAACUGGUUGGCCUAUACCAUAUGAGGACAACGUAUCUGAUAUUCAAAAAGGGAUUGAACGUGCAGUCGCAACGCCACCUGAUAUGUCUGGGUCCAACGAGCCUACUGGCAUCAUGAACGAGUCAAACGCUAAUUCUGGAGGCGAAAGCUCACCAUCAUUCUCUACUCUUGACGCCACUGACAGAGAGGAGAUCUAUUCGGUUAAUGUUAAUGAUCUCCAACAGGCUCCGCAUGACAUGGUUUAUCAUGAUAACUGUAUCGACUAUGACGAGAUUGAUGAAACUUCCCAUAUGAUCCAGUUGUGGGAUGAAAGUGCUGCUCUAGGAAUAUCACGCCAUAAUUCUGUGAAUUGGCAACGUCGAUGGUUUAUCGACAAUCUCAAGCGUGGGGCAGCCUUCCAGGGAGAAGGAGUGCGAGACCUGCACGCCAUUCAUUCGCCCGCGCCAUUUUAUCAUAUGACCAUCCCAAUAGCUGGUAAUUCCUCGGUCGCGAUGCUUGUCAGCCACUAUGCUGAGCACGUCACACAUCUUAUGCAGCCUGUGGCACACCAGAACAAUCCCUUCCGCUCUCUGUAUCUUCCGCUUGCAAUCAAAGGGUCGUUCGAUAUGGAGGACUAUCGAGCUUUGGGCUGGAAUAUGUCGGCUAGAGCAGCAGUAUUCCACAGCAUCGUCGCUACUGCUGCUCUCCACCUUCUGGGGCUAGGCCUCAAGAGUGAAGAUCUUGAACGUCUCAUUUGCCAUCACAAACAACAGGCUCUUGUGGCUCUUAGGUGCGCCCUUUCGAAUACAGUGAGCACAUAUAAAGAACUCAUGAUAGCUGUCUUGUCUCUGGUUUCUAUGGAUGUAAGUCUCCUUCGCCAUCCCCAGCUUGGUACAAAUAUUCUGACCACGAUACACGUGAUGAAGAUCCUGGGUGGCGGUACACACGAUCAUUGGAUCCAUUUAGAGGCGGGAGCCCGUCUUCAGGCUUCACGGCAUCACGCCCCAUUGGUGAGCCGGGAAACUGGCCAACUGAACGCAAUAUGCACAAUGCUUCGUCUUUUCGCUCAAACUGCGCACCCCAAUCCUGAGCCAUCGCCAUGGGUCUCCAACAGACCCUGGUUUGAAACGAGAGCUUGUGAUUACACAAAUCCCAGUAUAGAGUAUUUAUAUGGGAUUACCUCUACCAUUGCCCGGUCCAUCGACAAGAUAUACGUGGCUACACAGCACAUAACUUACUAUAAGAGUCGGCUAUUACCCUCUGGCCUUCUGGAAGCUUGUGAAGCUUUAGGAGAUGAACUAUGCUCCUGGACAAUGUGUUCCGAGAGUUUCUCAGCAGUAGGCUCAGAAGAAGACGACACACUCCCAGUUGCGCACGCACAUGCAACAGCUUUUCAUUACGCAUCACUCAUCUACUACUAUCGGUCAGUGCAGAACCGCGACAGAAAUAUCCUUACUAUGGAGCAAGAAGCCACAUUAGCUGCGAUGAACGAAGCGGAAGAUUUGAAAGACCAUUUAUUCGAGCCUAAGUCUCGCCCCGCGCCGAUAUCGUGGCCAGCUUACAUUGCAUCAUGUGAAGCCGUAGGCGCGCAGCGCGAAAAAUGGGAAAGAUGGUGGAUCCGUGUGCAAAGCUAUCGAUUGAAAAAUUUCUCGAAACAAUACGCUACCGUCCGCGGGCUUUGGAAAAACCUCGAUCGUCACCAGACGUCUGAUUGGAGAAAAGAGCUUGAAGCAUUAAAUAUACACAUCAUCCCAGUUUGA